ACUCAGCCAUGGACAGGGCCAAGCAGCAGCAGGCGCUGCUCCUCCUCCCCAUCUGCCUCGCCCUCAUCUUCUCCCUCACCGCCGUGGUCAGCAGCCACUGGUGUGAGGGGACCCGGCGGGUGGUGAAGCCGCUGUGCCAGGACCAGCAGGGAGGGCAGCACUGCAUUCACUUCAAACGGGACAGGAGCAGCAAUGGCAGGAUGGACAAUGACAGCCAGGCUGUCCUGUACAUUUGGGAGCUGGGUGAUGACAAGUUCAUUCAGCGGGGGUUCCAUGUGGGGCUCUGGCAGUCCUGCGAGGAGAGCCUCAAUGGUGAAGAUGAAAAGUGUAGGAGUUUCCGGAGUGUCGUGCCAGCUGAAGAACAAGGUUUUUUGUGGCUGUCCAUUGGGGGCGAGGUCCUGGAUAUCGUUCUGAUACUGACAAGCGCCAUCCUCCUGGGCUCCAGAGUGAGUUGUCACAGCCCUGGGUUCGACUGGCUCAGGGUGGAUGCCUUGGUAGCCAUCUUCAUGGUGCUGGCAGGGCUUCUAGGCAUGGUGGCCCACAUGAUGUACACAACCAUUUUUCAAAUCACUGUGAACCUUGGACCAGAAGAUUGGAAGCCUCAGACCUGGGACUAUGGCUGGUCAUAUUGCCUCGCCUGGGGUUCUUUCGCCCUCUGCCUGGCUGUGUCGGUCACGGCCAUGAGCAGAUUCACCGCAGCCCGCCUGGAAUUCACCGAGAAGCAGCAGGCACAGAACGGCAGUCGCCACUCUCAACACAGCUUCCCAGAACCCGAGGCUUCAGAGAGCGUUUGGAAAACAGGAGCUGCUCCUUGCCCUGCUGGACAAGCCUUCAGGAAUGUUUCUGGACACCUCUCACCAGGCGCCCCAGGCAAGGUGUCCAUAUGCUAGCCAGUGUCCAUGGCUGCCACAUCUGCACGGGCAAACAAGCCAGGCACUGACACUCAAAAUAUACACCCUGCCUCUGGGUUGCACUUCAGGAGACUGCUGUCCAGGGAAAGCUUCCAUUCCCACCCCUCCACAUCUCACCUUUUACUAAACACCUUUGGCUUCAGCCUUUGAUUCCUGUUAAAAUGCCAGUACCUUGAAGUGAGAUAAUGCUUACUGAAGAUAUCAACCAUUGACACUCUAGUAUAAAAGAGAGCUUCUUAAUGACAGUGAAUUUGAUAAGGAUACCAAAGAAAGAGGGAGGAAGACAGUAUUAAGGGGAAGAGAAGUUGAAGAAAGGGGAAAGCAAGUCUUUUUAACUACAAAGGAUGCAAAAUGUGUUGUCCGCAUAGGUUUAUUGACAGAAAAAUCCAGAAAAUGUUUUCUCCUAAUUGACACACACAAUAAAGUAUGUGUGGCUAUCUCAUACUCUCUUUUUCAUUUGAAUCAAGAAGACAGAAAUUUCAAAAUAUGUUUCCUGUUAUUUUUUUAAAUAUUUUUUCUUGGAAAUUUUGUGUUUCUACUCAUAGUAAAAUCAGUUUGGAAGGACAGUCGAAUGAUAGAAAUGAAAACACAGUCAAAUGGAAUGACAUCUUAUCUUAGUUUAAGUGGAACACAUGUUUGAGUUGUUCUGCUUAAAUUAAAUCACCAGCCACUUUUGCUUCUAAAAAUAAACAUUACCAAACAUGCAGGUCUUGUUGGAGGCAGUGGUGGGCUGCAGGAUUCCUAAUACGGUCAUCUGCAAUAUUGUACCAAUUCAUCCCAUGUCUAGCUACCAUGUUAUUCAGGCCACAGGUUGUUCCACACAUAAUUUGAUUUUUUGAAAAAAGAAAGGGGGCUGGGCGUAGUGGCUCACGCCUGUAAUCCCAGCACUUUGUGAGGCCGAGGUAGGCAGAUCACUUGAGGUCAGGAGUUCGAGACCAGCCUGGCCAACAUGGUGAAACCCUGUCUCUACUAAAAAAAAAAUAUCAAAAAUAGCCGAGCAUGGUGGCACAUGUCUGUAAUCCCAGCUACUCAGGAGGCUGAGGCAGGAGAAUCGCUUGAACCUGGGAGGUGGAGGUUGCAGUGAGCAGAGAUCGUGCCACUGCACUCCAGCCUGGGCAAUAGAGUGAGACCCUGUCUCAAAAAAAAAAAAAAAAAGAAAAAGAAAAGAAAGGGACUGCAAACUCUAACAACCUUCAAUAUGUCCUUGUUCAGAUCCAUUUUAAAAAUUAUAUUCGUGUGUUUUGUAAACAUAUCAUUUCUGGGAAAAAAAAUCCAAUAAAAAUCUGUUUAUGCUGAACUGUAACACUUGUACUAUCAUAAAAUAAAUGAAAAAAACCCAGCUACCUUCGUGUUUGCAGCUCAAGGUGAGCACCUGCCUGACAAACGUUGCUUCUGUGGAAUUUUGUGUUCCAUUGCACUAAGCAUAUAUGAAGAGAUAUACAAUGGAUUCUUGCUGGAAUAAGCCCAACCCAGAGAAUGUGUGCUGGGGUUCCCUGCGCCAUGUGCUCACCUAGAGCAGGAGAGUUUGUUCCCACAAGCCUCUGCCCUUUGCAGUGUGCAGGUUCUUUUAUAUGGUUUUUCAUCCCUAUGUAUUCAUGUAGGCAGGUCCUGUGUGACUGUCACAAUAUCAAGUCAAAGUCUUAUCUUACAGGGAAGGAAAUACACUGGAGAGAGACUUCACUGAAUUCACUCUUGUGAAAAACACCUGUGAACACUGGCUGAGGAUGCCAAGGAAGAAAUAAAUUUUUAAAAA